AUGCCGCUAUUCUUCGCUUGUCCUUCAAUUUUCCCAAAGAAUCUCAACCCCCAAUUCAUCAUCAUCGACAAUAACAACCCUACGAGCGAACAGGUUACAUCCCCGGUUCAAACCGACUCGACCCGUUGUCGAACGAAUAGCCGAGCUCUGCGUCACCCACUUUUCCUCCUCCACAGAUCGGAUUCCAACUUCUUCGUCUUAGGUGCCACGGGAAAUGUUUACACGGUGACGUUAUCUUCGACCCUUUCGUGCACAUGCCCCGACCGUACGACCCCGUGUAAACACAUCUUAUUCGUUUUGAUCCGAGCGUUGGGUGUCUCGGUCGACGACACGUGUCUCCAGAGGCGGACUCUGAGGCCAUGUCGACUGAGCCACCUUCUCGGGACGCCUACGUCGCCGGAAGCAUUUGCGGGGGCCAGCCUACGUGAGAGGUUCCACCAGCUUUUCUCCGAGAGGAAGAAGCAGGGCGGGUCGGGGGAUGUUAGGGAGAUCGAAAAAGGAACAGUGUGUCCCGUUUGCUUGGAGGAAAUGGAGAAAGGAGACAAGGCGGCGGCUUGUUCCACGUGUCGGAAUCUGAUUCAUGAAGAAUGCUUGCUGAGGUGGAAGAGGAGCCGUGGGAGGAGGUCGGCUAAUUGCGUGAUUUGCCGUGCAAGGUGGAGUAGUGAUCAAGAGAAGUAUCUGAAUUUGGCUGCUUAUAUUGGUCGAGACGAGGCUGAAGGCGGCGGUGACGGUGGUGGUAGCAGCCUAUGUACCGGAUGA